UCUUUUUCUCUAAACAAAAGAUUUAAGGUUUCUAUAGGUUCCCAAGCCAAGCGGUUAUCGUGUUUCCCCACCUUCCUUGCCUUCUCUCUAAUCCAAACACACGAAGAGCCCAAGCUACUGUGUUUGUUUCCCUACCUUCCCAAGCCACCAUCGGCUCUCUCUAAAAACAUGGAGACGCUCUGUUGUUUGAUUUUGGACUGUUUUUGCAAAACGAGGAGACCAUUAUUGAGUAGGCUUUGAACCUGUAAUGCGUGAGACCAUUUUUACUGAGUAGGCUUUGAACGCUUCUAAUGAAUUUCAGUCGACACCGAAAAUAAAAGGAAUCCUUAACAGUAGUCUUGUGUGACCACCGAAUGUUUUGCUUUUUUAAAGAGCAUAAAACCCACUCUCAAAUCACUAUUUUUUGGCCUUUACGCAGUUGUCACGGAGUUAACAAAGCCACCAAAUGGACGGUUAAGAUCUUUUGCAAAUUCCAUCACAGUUUUUGUCCGUGAGAGCGAUAGGCUCCAACCACCUUCCCCAUUUACAUUGACCUCCUGUUCCUGGCUUAGGCCUAGAAUCUCAGGGUAGAGAGCGAGAGAGAGAGAAUUUCUGGCAAUUAGAGAGAAAAAUAAAUAGUUCCACAAUUUAGAGUAAAAAUAGAGUUCUCCAGCAAUAGAGAGGAAAAUAUAGGAGCUGGGGGGAGCAUGAAGAGAGAGAGAGAUUAAGUUUUCAGGGUUUAGGGAGAGAGAGAGAGUAGAGUUCACAAAACUUUCAAGCUUAUCAUUAGAGGGAAUAGAGUUUUCAAUGAACGUAGAGGUUUCAAGGCAGAAAGAUAAAGAAACAAGUGCUCGAUAGUGACAAGGAAAAGCAUGAAUUAAAACGAGAAAAGAGAGAAUUUUGAGGUGGGUUUCCAAUGGGUGAACUCGCGCCCCCUCACGUUUUGAUAUUCCCGUUCCCGGCACAAGGCCCCAUAAAUUGCAUGAUCAAAUUAGCGGAGCUCUUUGUUUCCCUCACUGACUUUCAUGUCACCUUCCUAAACUCGGAGCACAACCACAAGAGACUCGGUAUCGGACCCGAGUCUGGAUCCCAGAGGGUGAGAUUCAAGUCUAUACCCGAUGGCUUGCCGGAGUCUCACCCGCGCUCGGCGAGUCUGUUUUUUGAAUUACAUGACUCAAUCCAGACUCAAUCCAGAUCAGUUUUUAGAGAGAUGCUGGUAAAGAAAGUAAGGGUGGGUGAGCCACCAGUGAGUUGUGUGAUAAGUGAUGGGCUCAUGCCUUUUGUGGUGGACGUGGGCGAGGAGGUUGGGGUGCCCGUUAUUUCGUUUAGAACACUGAGCGGCUGCUGCUUUUGGGCUUUUUUCUCCAUCCCUUGGCUAAUUGAGGCUGGAGUGCUUCCUAUUCUCGAUGGUGCGGACAUGGACCAGCUGGUAACAGGCAUCCCAGGGAUGGAAGGUCUUCUUAGGCUCAGGGACCUCCCAAGCUACUGCCAAGUCCGUGAUCUCUUGAACCCGGGCCUCCAGCAAAUGCAAGUCGUGACUCGAUACUCGGCUAAGGCUCACACCUUGAUCCUCAACACCUUUGAGGCCUUGGAGGGGCCAAUUCUCGCUGAAAUUCGCAAGCACUGCAAAACUACCCGCGCCAUUGGUCCGCUCAACGCAAUGCUCCAGGCCCGAGCCCCUGAUGCGCCUCCUCUGCUUCCCUCCACGAGCUUGUGGCUCGAGGACCACUCCUGCCUCACUUGGCUUGACUCCCAUGCCCCCAACUCCGUCCUCUACGUGAGCUUCGGCAGUUACGUUGUCAUGUCUCGCGGUCAACUAAUAGAAUUUUGUUAUGGAAUUAUCAAUAGCAGGAAGCCCUUCUUAUGGGUCAUUCGUCCGGACCUUUUGGCCGGAGACGAGAUGGUGCUACCAGAGGAGCUCACAGUAGAGGCAAAAGCACGAGGGCGGUUUGUGGAGUGGGCCCCACAAAAGCAGGUACUUCAGCACCCUGCGGUGGCCGGAUUCCUGACUCAUAGUGGAUGGAACUCGACCCUUGAGAGCCUAGUGGCCGAGGUGCCAAUGUUGUGUUGGCCCUUCUUCGUAGACCAACAGAUUAAUAGUCGGUUUGUGGAGCGUGUGUGGGGGAUGGGGUUGGACAUGAAGGACACGUGCGAGAGGGUGGUGAUAGAGCAUCUGGUGAGCGAGCUGGUCGAGUCCGAGGGGCUCCGAACUGCCACACGUGCUAUGGCGGAGAAGGCGAGACAGAGCGUGGACCCUAGUGGCUCUUCUUACCUGGAAUUCGAAGAAUUAGUCAAUGAUAUCAGGGCCAUGAGCACAUGUGCCAUCUAAGUAUUUAGCUAGGAGAACAAUCUUGACAUAACCUCUCAACUGCCAGACUUUAUUUCCUUACUUUUAUUUCAUGAUUUGGCGCAACUGCUCUAUUAUAGCAUUGUAAAAUAAUGAAUUGUUUCAUCCCUAUCUUUUAUUAGUGAAAUAUCAGGUAGGGGGCCUUCUUCCCUACUGACUUACCCAAAAAAAAAAAAAAAACAAUCUUUGACGUAUUUAGAGGGCCAAAUAAGGGAUAAAAUCGUUUGAAAUUAUUAUAGGCUAAUUGUAUGGUUUUGUAGUAGGGUUUGGCUUAUUUUACAAGAUGGGUUUUUGAUUGGCCAUAGGGAAGAUAUUGUAGUAAUAGUCCUUAGGGAUGAUUAUACUAUCUAGUGCUUGUUUGAUAGUGUAGACAUGACAUGAACUCUAUAGUCCUGUUUUUUCAUACAAGUUGAUAAACGUUAUGGUAUACUUA